GUGGCGCGGUCAUGUUGUGAGGACGGUUGUUUCUCUCAAUUUUUUUAAACUUUGUUUGUAAACAAAGUAUUAAACCUUCCUUCUUUUUGAAGUUAGCUAAUAACUUUAUCACAAAAUAUUCUGAUAUCGGUCUUGUAUCGCCUCGCAUUUAAAAAAUGGUUUUUGUUAUUAUAUUAGCGAUAAUUGGUGCCAUCGCAGUGACUUUGUUACUUAUUGAUUCUUUAUGGAGUUUAUUCCAGUUGGUAACUUCUCAUUUGAUGCCGUUCUUCCUUCCCACGGAGGUUCAGUCUCUGACAAAGAAGUUCGGAUCAUGGGCUGCGGUUACCGGCAGCACAGACGGCGUGGGGCGGGAAUACGCGCGGGAAUUGGCGCGACGUGGCCUUAACAUCGUACUCAUCAGCCGCAACCAUGACAAGCUGAGGAAUGUCGCCGCGGAGAUCGAGAAGGAGUCCGGUGUAAAAACUAAGAUCAUAGUGGCCGACUUCAGCAAGGGCGCAGAAGUGUACCGUCACAUAGAAGAGGAACUCAAAGAUAUACCUCUAGGAAUCUUAGUGAACAAUGUGGGCUGCCAGUAUGAGUAUCCGACGCAACUGUGCGAGUUGCCGGCGGAAAAGGCGUGGGAGUUGAUCAACGUGAACGUGGGCGCGGUGACGAUGUUGUCGCGGCUGGCGUUGGCCGGCAUGGCGGCGCGCGGCCGCGGCGCCCUCGUCAACGUCUCCUCCGGCUCCGAGCUGCAGCCGCUACCACUCAUGGCGGUCUACGCCGCCACUAAGGUAUACGUGCGCAGCUUGACACUGGCUAUACGUGAAGAGUACGCGUCGAGAGGUAUCUACGUGCAGCAUCUGUCUCCUUUGUUCAUCGCUACAAAAAUGAACGCGUUCUCACCGCGUCUGUCUCGCGGUGGUCUGCUGGUGCCGGACGCGCACACGUACGCCCGACACGCGGUGGCUGCGCUCGGCCGCGUACACGACACUACGGGGUACUGGCUGCAUGGCAUACAGUAUUUCUUUAUCAAAGUAGCUCCGGAGUGGCUGAGGAUCAAAAUUGGGAUGUAUAUGAAUCAAGACUUCAGGAAUGAACAUUUUGAAAGCGUGAGGUCGAAGGCGCAUUGAGGCUCAAUAGUACAAUCUCAUACUGUGUUAUUUAGACAUUUUUUAAAUAAUUUUAGGUUAAAAUUAUCAAGUAAAAUAGCGAG